UCCAACCCAGUGUUUUUCUAUUAACGGUCACUUCUAAAUUCUCCAACAUCUAUCUCAAAUACCCACAGAAAAAAUCCCCAAAAAAACCACCAUUCAUUCUUCAAUUUCUCCUUCAAAAUCUCCAAAUCCCAACCUAUCUCUCAGUACAGUACCCUUUUGUUUAUAACUCACUCUCAAAAACCAAUCUUUAGAUCCACAAAUUCAAAGAUUUUGAGUUGUUUGAGAGCAAUGAAGAAGCAAAAAUCAAGCAAUGAAUUUGUUGGGUUCAACCACUUCGAUCUUAUCUCCGAAGAAAUCGUUUUCUCAAUCCUUGAUUGUCUCAGUGACAACCCACUUGACAAGAAAGCAUUCUCUUUAGUCUGUAAAUCGUUCUUCACAAUCGAGUCUCGGCAUCGCAAAGCCCUGAAGCCUCUUCGUUCAGAGCAUUUAAACAAGGUUCUGAAUCGAUACCCUUACGUGACCCAUCUCGAUCUCUCUCUAUGUCCUCGAAUCACCGAUAGCUCGCUCUCGAUUAUAUCGUCUGUUUGCAACAAAAUGUUGAGGUCGAUUGAUCUUUCGAGAUCCAAGUUCUUUACCCAUGUGGGUUUGUUGAAUUUGGUGAUGAAAUGUUCGAAUUUGGUUGAGAUUGAUCUGUCGAACGCUACGGAGUUGAGUGACCAAGCUGCUGCCGCGAUUGCAAAGGCCAAGAAUUUGGAGAAGCUGUGGUUAGCAAGGUGCAAGUCGAUUACGGAUAUGGGUAUUGGGUGUAUAGCUGUUGGGUGCAAGAGGCUGAGGUUGAUUAACUUGAAAUGGUGUUUGGGUGUUGGUGAUUUUGGGGUGGGCUUGAUUGCUGUCAAGUGCAAAGAGAUUCGAAGUUUGGAUCUUUCUUACUUGCCGAUCACAAGCAAAUGCUUACCAUCAAUCUUGAAAUUACAACAUCUGGAAGAUUUGGUUCUGGAGGGAUGCUUUGGUAUCGAUGAUGACAGCCUUGCAGUCCUUAAACAAGGGUGCAAGUCACUAGAGAUGCUUGAUAUCUCAAGUAGUCAAAAUGUGAGUCAUGUGGGAUUGUCUACUCUAACAAGCGGUGCUGGACGUCUGAGGCAACUAAUAUUAGCAUAUGGCACUCCUGUCACUCUUGCUCUUGCUGAUAGAUUGCAAAAGCUUCCCACAUUGCAAUCAAUCAAACUAGAUGGUUGCCUGGUUACAUGUUCUGGACUGAAGGCCAUUGGAAAUUGGUGUGUAUCGCUGAGGGAGAUAAGCUUAAGUAAAUGCUUGGGUGUCACCGACGAAGGUCUGUCCUCCCUUGCGACAAAACUCACAGACUUGAGGAAGCUAGACAUCACAUGUUGCCGCAAAAUAACUUAUGUUUCAAUUGCCCAAAUUACGAAUUCAUGCACUUCCCUCACGUCCCUCAAAAUGGAGUCAUGUAGCCUGGUACCAAAAGAAGCUUUUGUCUUGAUUGGACAACGUUGCCAUUUUCUUGAAGAGCUUGACCUUACUGAUAGUGAAAUUGAUGAUGAAGGUCUGAGGGCCAUCUCGAGAUGUUCCAAACUCUCCAGCUUAAAACUAGGAAUCUGCCUUAACAUAACUGACGAAGGACUUACCCAUAUCGGCAUGGGCUGCUCGAAACUCAAGGAGCUUGAUUUGUACAGGUCAUCGGGAAUAACAGACUCUGGCAUCUUGGCAAUUGCUCGUGGUUGCCCUGGCCUUGAGACGAUUAAUAUAGCCUACUGUAACGAUAUUACUGACAGUUCCUUGAUAUCAUUGUCAAAAUGUUCGAAGUUGAACACGCUUGAAAGUCGAGGAUGUACCCUUGUUACAUCUUUAGGUCUAGCAGCUAUUGCUGUGGGAUGUAAGCAACUCACCAAGCUAGACAUAAAGAAAUGCUACAAAAUCAACGAUGCUGGCAUGAUUCCACUUGCUCACUUCUCUCAAAACCUCAGACAGAUGAAUUUGUCGUAUAGCUCAGUCACGGAUGUGGGGCUCUUGUCGCUUGCCAGUAUCAGCUGCUUACAAAGCAUGACUAUCUUGCACUUGAAGGAGUUGACUCCAAGUGGAUUGGCGGCUGCACUGUUGGCAUGUGGAGGGCUCACAAAAGUGAAGCUUUUGGCAUCAUUUAAAUCAUUGUUACCACGACCUCUUUUUGAACACUUAGAAGCCCGGGGAUGUAUUUUCCAAUGGAGAGAUAAAAUGUUUCAGCAGGCUGAAAUAGACCCGAAGUGCUGGAAAUUACAGUUAGAAGAUAUGUAAUGAAUUGUUGAAGCUUUUGGCGAGGUUGUAGGUUUCCUCGUCUGUUGUACACCACCAUUGAGAAAUGCAAAGGUCUAUUGUAUUUGGGAAUGUGGAUUUGUUCAUCAAAAACUUGAUGAUGUAGUGAUCUAUGCUGAGAAAAUUUGGCAGCUCUUCUGAACAAGAGCUAUAUGCUAUGUAAUUUUUAUUUUUAUUUUCUUUAAAUCAGGGCCUGCAAUCAAGGUCACUGAGAAGUUCAUGAAAGUAUUUGGAAGAAGAAUCAUAAUGUUAUUCUGUUGGUGGUUAUUGUAAUUAUGUAUCCAUUCUCAA